AUUGCUAAUAUUAUUUGUGCGCUCUUUGUUGCAAUUGGCUGGCAACUCUGUGUGUGCUCUGAACACGUCAUCAGCUGAGCGAGCUAAACAUUGUUAUUGUUGCAUUCCGUGAAUUGUGUUCAUCUAUAUUGCAAUUGCAUCUAAAUAAAUUGUGCGAAUUACCCUGGUCGCACAAUUAAACGCAAUUUGGGGCAGUCAGCACACUGCCAGCAGCCCGACGCAAUAGGAAGUGGUGGUGUGGCGCCUAAAUAUAGAAGCAGUCUGUUUUUCUGACGAAACGUACACGCACCGCCCGUGACAUUGGUUCACAUUCAGUGUGGAAGAAGGCAGCGGGGAGCAAAGCGGAGGCAGAGAGAGAGAGUGAGCAAAAAUAAAACGAGGAAGCGUCUUUCGGCCACUGGCAGUAUCAGCUGUUAACUCUGGCCGCAAGCAAAAAGUUUUAUUAUUAAACGCAUGCAAAGCAAUUGCCAAACGAUUUUUAGUAACAUUCCCUGGAAUCAAGUGAGCGAGCGAGCGUUAGCAGCAGCAGCGACUGAGGCCAGCGCAACUGGAAACUGGAAAGGCAAUUGAAAUCUGUUAAAAAACAGCGGCAGCGGCAGUCAGAGCGCAGUGCAUUUAAUCAAAACAAUUUUUUGUGUUGUGUAAUCGACAAGUGAACGCACAGUCUGACCCUCAACAUGUCCAGCAAUAGCAGCAGCGAUGAAGGCAAGCCAGCGCCCGUGCCUGUAUCUACAGCAGUGCACGUACAGGAGCCUACCAAGAAGAUAACGCCGCCCGCGGGCAUGAAGUAUCUGAUAGGUGGCGCUAGUGGCAUGGGCGCCACGAUGGUUGUGCAGCCCUUGGAUCUCAUCAAGAAUAGAAUGCAAAUCUCUGGUGCGGGCAGCGGCAAGAAGGAAUUCCGCAGCUCGUUCCACUGCAUGCAGACGGUGAUCAGCAAGGAGGGGCCUUUGGCGCUGUACCAGGGCAUAUCGGCGGCAUUGCUGAGACAAGCCACCUACACCACAGGUCGCCUGGGUGUGUACACUUGGUUGAACGAGGAGUAUCGCAUUCGCUUCAAGGGUGAUCCCAAUGUGUUUGCCAGCAUGGCAAUGGGCAUGAUGGCAGGUGCUGGUGGCGCAUUUAUUGGCACGCCUGCAGAGGUGGCGCUGAUUCGCAUGACCUCAGAUGGACGUCUGCCGAUGGCGGAGCGUCGCAACUACACCAAUGUGGGCAAUGCGCUGGUGAGAAUGACACGCGAGGAGGGACUGACGGCGCUGUGGCGCGGCUGUCUGCCAACUGUGGGACGUGCAAUGGUCGUUAACAUGACCCAGCUGGCCAGUUACUCGCAGUUCAAGACGUACUUCCGCACCGGACCACUCAAAAUGGAGGAGGGCAUCAAGUUGCAUUUCUGCGCCAGCAUGUUGAGCGGUCUGUUGACAACGAUCGCCUCCAUGCCGCUGGACAUUGCCAAGACGCGCAUACAGAACAUGAAGAUGGUGGAUGGCAAGCCGGAAUAUCGCGGCUCAUUCGAUGUGCUGGCGCGUGUGGCACGUCAGGAGGGCGUGUUUGCGCUCUGGAAGGGAUUCACACCCUACUAUUUCCGUCUGGGACCGCACACUGUGAUUACGUUCAUACUGAUGGAGCAGCUCAACCAGAGUUUCAACAAAUAUGUGCUUGGAGUGGAGAAGAAGAAUUCGGGCAUAUAGAGAGAGAGAGAGACAGAAAGCGUGUUACUGCCUUGUUGUUGUUAAAGUUUAGCCGCUAAUCUAUAACACUGUUAAUCGAUAUAUCCAUGUAACUAACACAUAUUCCAAACCAGCCAAGCGAUGAAUCAAAUUGAGGACAAUACGAGUAAAGCAACGAAUACGUGCAGCCACAACGAUGCGUCUGUGUGUGUGCGCGUUUAGUAUGUAUAUAACCAAUAUAGGGGCAUUUAAAUGUCAGCAAUUCCGGUGACAAUACUUAUUACAACAAUGUUGAAAUUUAAACGAUUUUUUUCUAUAUAGUAUAUAUACAUGUGUGUACACGAUAGAGUAGCGCCCUAAGUAACAAAAUAUGGUUUGCUCAUUUAAGCACAAAAAUAAAAACAUAAGACGAUCACAAA